CCCAGGUGUGCAGUGUCCGCCUCUCUCCUGCAGGUGUCGCCGUUAUUCCUCCGUUCAGCUCCGGUCGCUCCGGGGAGUUGACCCGGUAGUGAACGACCUGCCGGGGUCACCGGGCUCCACCAUGGCGUGGAGGAGCUGCGCCGUCCUGCUCAGACUGACGGGAGAAGAUGUUUUACGGAGCUCCGUGAGGGGAGGCAGCAGGUGGCCUCACAGCUUCCAGCAGAGAUGUGGCUUCCGGAAAGCCGCCAGGAAACCAGAAUCCAAGAAGGUAGAGGAGGAGCUGGGAGCCCCUCCCACAGAGGCCUCCGAGGCCGUGGUCCCCCGACGGACCUCUGUCCCCCCCUGCGACCAGCAGGCUCCUCGCAGCUCCCCCCGUGCCUUCGGCCGGCUCGUCAGGCCGCUCGUCUUCACCGUGGGGUUUACAGGCUGCUCCUUCGGCUCGGCGGCCAUCUGGCAGUACGAGUCCCUCAAGUCCCGGGUCCAGAGUUACUUCGACGAGGUCCGAGCCGAUUGGCUGGAGAAGCUGCGACCUCAGAAGCGAGGAGACGUCCGCAAAGAGGUGAACCAGUGGUGGCACAGCUUGAGCGAGGGGCAGAAGACGGUAACAGGGAUCAUUGCUGCUAACGUUGUGGUGUUCUGCUGUUGGAGGGUACCAUCUCUGCAGCGCUCCAUGAUCAAAUACUUCACCUCCAACCCCGCCUCCAAGACCCUCUGCUCCCCGAUGCUUCUUUCCACCUUCAGCCACUUCUCCUUCUUCCACAUGGCCGCCAACAUGUACGUCCUCUGGAGCUUCUCCACCAGCGCCGUCUCCAUGCUGGGCAGAGAGCAGUUCGUGGCCGUCUACCUGUCUGCAGGUGUCAUUUCUUCGUUUACCAGUUAUGUGUGUAAGAUGGCAACGGGGAGGUUCGGUCCAUCUCUGGGCGCCUCUGGAGCCAUCAUGACCAUCCUGGCGGCCGUUUGCACCAAAAUGCCAGAAGCCAAACUGGCCAUCAUCUUCCUCCCCAUGUUCUCCUUCAGCGCCGCCAACGCUCUAAAGGCCAUCGUCGCGAUGGAUACAGCCGGCGUGGUGUUGGGAUGGAAGUUUUUUGACCACGCUGCUCAUUUAGGAGGAGCCCUGUUUGGAAUGUGGUACAUCCUGUUUGGUCACGAGUUGAUCUGGAAGAACCGAGAACCUUUUGUUAAGCUGUGGCACGACCUGAGAACAGGAGGACGACCGGGCGGAGGAGGUGACGGAGGCGGCGCCGUGUAGAACGCUGAAGCGCCGGGGCUGAUGGGGGAGAAACACAUGUACAGAUGUAUAAAAUGUACAGAUGAACAGAAAGAAGCUGCACCGUUCGGCUUCCCCGGGACACCUUGACAGGAAGUAGGUGGGCGUAACGGUGACCUCAGCUGGUGAAGUCACCUGGAUUUAAAAUAAUGAUCAUAUUUAUAAAAAAUAAUCGACAUAAAUGAUUGAUGUUUUGUUUGUUUGUGUUCACAUGUUAGAGGCGAAGCAGAAAUCCAAACUAGGACUGAAAAUAAUUAUUUUACUGUUUUUGAUUGUGGUUAAUUCAUUAUUUAGCCAAUAAAAACGUCCAAAAAGCCAGAGAUUCAGUUUCUAAAGGUGUGAAACAGCUCACUGGUUAAACGUAUACAAGUCUUUUGCUGUUGAUUCAUUUAUUAAUUUAAGGCUUUAAUGAAAGCCCCUGGUUUAAAACCACCAGCAACUGGAAGAAAAGAAGUAGCAGUAAAGUUAGACAAACUAAAAUCCACUUCUAAACAAUUAGCAUCUGCUGAACUGAGAUGCUGCACCGCUCCUCUGCUGUCUGUGGCGGUCGUGAUGGAGUCGCCCCCUGCAGGCUGCUGGAGAGGACGCAGGUUGAAGUUACCUCCGUGCUGUCUUGGCACCACAAAAAGUGCUUCUUGUUACCAGCGACAGGCUCAGACUGUUAUACCAGGUGACUCCCAGCGACCCCCUUUGUAAAUAACAAGAAACUUGAAAGGAAGAAGCUGGUGGAAACGAGGGAGGGGAGUUUGUUGUGUAUGUAGAGGAGCUGCUAGCGAGACUUCUAACGUUAGUCCAACACGACAAACUGCUCUCUCCAGCUCUGACUCUGACUUUCAUCGGCGUCGUGUUGGCAACAUAAAAGUGACUUAUCCAACCACAACGCCGACACGUUUAAUCUCCAUCAGAUGGAGGUAAAGGGCUGCAGGUCUGAAAGAAGCUCUAUAUAUUCUUUCUGCAACAUAAAAAUACAGGUUUACGAACAUUUUUAAGUUGUAAGAAAGUUUGUCUUACACUAGUGAGGGAUUUUUACUUGCAUUUGCACGGGGUAGUUAACUGUGACCCGCAAACAUGAAGUCAGUUUGAUAAAGAGACAGUUUAAAGUCCACAAACUGUCAAAACACAGACAAACACAGCAGAGGCUAGUCUGCAUGUUGAUCUGCACACAAGCAGCACAAAGAAUUAAAAAGACAAUGUCAAAUAAAGCACAUUAAUAAAUUUAGAAGAGAAUAUAGAUAAAAAUAUAUACUGCACAUAUAUGUAUACAUAUUUAGAUACUAGAAUCCAGGCACUUUUAUUUAUUUGACCCAAAAUUGCAAAUCACUCAAAAUCACAACAGAAGGGUUCGUAGGAAAAUAUGUAACUGUAUGAACGGUAAAAGUACUCAUGAUAAAUAUGAGCUUUUAAAGUUACUAAAUGUUGUUUUAACUGUUAAUCUGAUAUAAACUUUAAAUACUUACAAUGAA